AGUUUGAACAUUCAAGUGGAGGAUGUGCGUAUCAGGGCCAUUCUGUCAUCGUACCGCAAGCGCAUCCCUGUGACAGAGGGCUACGUGGAGGUGAAGGACGGGGGGAAGUGGAAGCAGAUCUGUGACGCGGAGUGGACGAAGCACAACAGCAGAGUCAUCUGUGGCAUGUUCGGUUUCCCCGGAGAGAGGAAGUACAAUGCCAGAGUCUACAAGUGAGUGAGGGAUGGGACUUUGUUUAACUGAAUCCUCUUGGUCCCCAUUGGGACUUAAGGCCACAAUGAGCUUCCCCCAUUCCUUGAUGAAAGGGAUGAGAGUGUAGAAAGGAAUACUAUAUUUGUGUCUAUGGAUGGGGAGUGGCAGCGGCAGCAGGUUCCAUUAUACUGGAGUGUUAUGGAGCAGGACUUCUGUAAAUAUAAGUAAGUAAGCCAUGUCCAAGCCAGAAUGGCACAUAGGGCAGGAGUCUAUCUCCUUUUUCUGUAGCGUGAGGCAGCUGGAUGUACAGUACCAGUCAAAAGUUUGGACACACCUACUCAUUCAAGGAUUUUUCUUUAUUUUUAUUAUUUUUUACAUUGUAGAAUAAUAGUUAAGACAUCAAAACUAUGAAAUAGUUAUGUAGUAACCAAAAAAAAGUGUUAAACAAAUCAAAAUAUAUUUUAUAUUUGAGAUUCUUCAAAUACGCACCCUUUGCCUUGAUGACAGCUUUGUCAGUCCAUAUUAUGGCAAGAACAGCUCAAAUAAGCAAAGAGAAACGACAGUCCAUCAUUACUUUAAGACAUGAAGGUCAGUCAAUACGGAACAUUUCAAGAACUUUGAAAGUUUCUUCAAGUGCAGUCGCAAAACCAUGAAGCGCUAUGAUGAAACUGGCUCUCACGAGGACCGCCACAGGAAUGGAAGACCCAGAGUUACCUCUGCUGCAGAGGAUAAGUUCAUUAGAGUUACCAGCCUCAGAAAUUGCAGCCCAAAUAAAUGCUUCACAGAGUUUAAGUCACAGACACAUCUCAGCAUCAACUGUUCAGAGGGGACUGUGUGAAUCAGGCCUUCAUGGUCGAAUUGCUGCAAAGAAACCACUACUAAAGGACACCAAUAAGAAGAAGAGACCUGCUUGGGCCAAGAAACACGAGCAAUGGACAUUAGACCGGUGGUAAUUUGUCCUUUGGUCUGGAGUCCAAAUUUGAGAUUUUUGGUUCAAACCGCUGUCUUUAUCAGACGCGGUGUGGGUGAACGGAUGAUCUCCGCAUGUGUAUUUCCCACCGUAAAGCAUGGAGGAGGAGGUAUUAUGGUGUGGGGGUGCUUUCCUGCUGACACUGUCUGUGAUUUAUUUAGAAUUCAAGGCACACUUAACCAGUAAGGCUACCACAGCAUUCUGCAGCGAUACUGGUUUGGGCUUAGUGGGACUAUCAUUUGUUUUUCAACAGGACAAUGACCCAACACACCUCCAGGCUGUGUAAGGGCUAUUUGACCAAGAAGGAGAGUGAUGGAGUGCUGCAUCAGAUGACCUGGCCUCCACAAUCCCCCGACCUCAACCCAAUUGAGAUGGUUUGGGAUGAGUCGGACGGCAGAGUGCAGGAAAAGCAACCAACAAGUGCUCAGCAUAUGUAGGAACUCCUUCAAGACUGUUGGAAAAGCAUUCCAGGUGAAGCUGGUUGAGAGAAUGCCAAGAGUGUGCAAAGCUGUCAUCAAGGCAAAGGGUGGCUAUUUGAAGAAUCUCAAAUAUAAAAUAUAUUUUGAUUUGUUUAACACUUGUUUGGUUACUACAUGAUUCCAUAUGUGUUAUUUCAUAGUUUUGAUGUCUUCACUAUUAUUCUACAAUGUAAAAAAAAAAAAAAAAAAAACCUUGAAUGAGUAGGUGUGUCCAAACUUUUGACUGGUAGUGUACAAGUACACCCCCUGGACAGGACACUACUGUACAUCAGAGGAGGCUGGUGGGAGGAGCUAUAGGAGGAUGGGCUCAUUGUAAUGGCUGGAAUGGAACAAAUGAAAUGGUAUUAAACACAUCAAACAUAUGGAAACCACAUUUUUGUCUUUCGUUUCAUCCAUUCCAGCCAAUACAAUACAAUGAGCCCGUCCUCCUAUAGCUCCUCCCACCAGCCUCCUCUGCUGUACAUAUUCUUAUUAUGUCAACUUGUUUGGUUUGGUCAGGCAGAGCCCUUUAUUCACCUACAUAUGUAUUAAGCUUGGGGAGGCGAUGUAUCAUGUACAGUUACUCUCCCAGUUACUCUCCCAGGCCCAGGGCAACAAGCCGUUGACAGACCCAUACCUCAUCUCAAUCAAGAUUAAUUAUUGGUACACAUUACACAGAAACCUUGACUCUUAAACUCUGGAGAAGGAUGUCAACACAGAGUUCUCCCAUAGUGGAAAUGAUGAACCUAUGUGGUUACUUUUAAACCCCACUAUGCUACUGAAAGUUCAGGCCGUUAUUCAACAGACUGACAACUCACCAGAACUUUGAGCUUCUUACCCUCUCGCUGUGGAUAAAUAUUUUAGAUCUUUGCUGCUUUACUUAUAUAUUGGAUACAGAACAUAUUUGCCCUAAUACAGAGCAAUAAUGCUGAAUUAUACAGAACCUUCCUGUAUUCUGCUUCACAUCACACAUUCUCUAAGAACAUAAGUAACCCCUCCCCCUUCGUAUGUAUACAUCCAAGAUCAGUGCAUUCCUUAAAGUAGUCGUAAUGGGGUACUGACUGGGCUGGGGAAGGAUCUAACUAUUAUUUACACGUGGAAACCUGCAGAGUAAUAGCCAGCAGUUAAUUAAUCACUUCAAACCUUAGCCCUCGUCUUUAGCUCUGAAGCCAACCUUGAAUUUACUGUCUAAUUCGGGGUAGAGAGGGAGAGAAGUUUCCUCUGCUUAGGUAACCACAGUACAGCAGCUCCCUACUUUCCAUUUACGUGUCUGCCGGCCUGCUCCCGGUUUAAACUUAUGAAACGUGCAGACUGUGUUUUUAUAGUCUGGCAUUUGGUCCAGGCGGCGGCAGACAGCCAAGGUCUACAGUUCUUUCAUAAUCCAAACUUUGUCUCUGUUCAAAUGCCUCUGUAUGCCCUCUUAGCAUUUUCCAAAUUAUUUGGAGAGCAUAGGAUUUAGAAGACGUCUCACAAAUGCACAUCAUCCGUGCUUUUCAAUUGUUUAUGUUUGUGCUGUGAUAUGUAUAAUUUCAAAAGCAAAUCUUUCAAAGUAAAUGGUAGCACGCACAAACUUUCAAGCUGAUGAAAAGUAACAAUAGAUCACUGUUCCAAUUGCCUAAUGUGACUUAUGUAAUAUGUUUUGAGUUUACAGCUGCUACUGCCAGUCCAUGUUCAGUUUUUACUUGGUUGAACCUUCACAGCUGCUGCUUGAACACAUUUGAACGGAUCGAGAUGUUUUUUUCCCCAAGUUUUAUUCAUCCAUCCUACACUCACAACUUCUGUAUGUCCCCCCGCAGACUCAGAGGCUUAAAACACUGGCUUAUUUGUUACUUUAUUUCGUAUUCUUUUAUAUUGUAUUUUGCUGGCAUUUGUUUUUGGUAUUCUUUUGUAAAACUGCAUUGUUGGUUAAGGGCUUGUAAGUAAGCAUUUCACUGUAAGGUCUACACCUGUUGUAUUCGGCGCAUGUGACAAAUACAAUUUGAUUUGAUUUCAGACAGUGAGCAGCAACGUUCUUUUAUCCAGGUUCCAAAUGGAAAACAAAUGCUGUGUGUGUGUCUCCUCCUCUCCUCUUUAAUCUGCUUUCAUGUACACCUCUAAGACAUGUGAUAAAGAGACAGGACAAGGACAGGCUGUGCUGCCCUAAACGUUCAUUAAACACGUUGGUUGGCUCACUAUUAAAAAGUAAAGGAUUAACAUCCCUGCAAGCCUGGAAGACCUCAAAUAACCUCAGCUGUUGUUCACAUCACAGACUAAACAGGCACACCUGUAGCCUAAUACUGAACCCUUUGUUUGGACUAGCGCUGUUAUUUAGCAACUAGCUGACUACAUACGGUUGAUGCUGUAGUGUAGUAUGUAGGUGUUAGGGAAAACGGGAUAGCAGCCUUGUGUAAAUAUUGAAUGAAAUGUCUGUCUAAAAUGUGUUAUUAUUUGACUACUGUAUGUGUUUUCCUAUGUUCUCAGGAUGUUUGCUCGCAGGAGAAAGCCUUCUUAUUGGGACUACUCUGUCAACUGCACUGGAAAUGAGGCCCACCUGUCGAGCUGCAAGCUCGGCCAUGCCGUGGCAGCGAAGGCCAACAGCACCUGUGGAGGGGGCACGCCUGUGGUGGUCAGCUGUGUGCCAGGAAGAGCCUUCUCCCCAACCCCCAUGACUGGCUUCAGGAAGGCUUUCAGACAGGAGGUAGGCACCACGGACUUACUAAACCUAUGCAUUCUGUCCAUAGAAAUAGAAUCACUAGAGCAGAUAUAGCCAGACCUAUUGAAUUUAAUGGGGAAGCCUGUUCUAGUGAUUCUAUUUCUAGGAUUCUGUCACCUUCUUUGGAAUUAGACUGAUUUACAGUGCCUUUGGAAAGUACUCAGACCCCUUGACUUUUUCCACAUUUUGUUACAUUACAGCCUUAUUCUAAAAUGGAUUAAAUAAAUAAAAAUCCUCAGCAAUCUACACCCCAUUAUUUUUUUAUGCAAAUUUAUUACAACAAAAAAACAGAAACCUUUGCUAUGAGACUCGAAAUUGAGCUCAGGUGCAUCCUGUUUCCAUUGAUCAUCCUUGAGAUGUUUCUACAACUUGAUUGAGGUCCACCUGUGGUAAAUUCAAUGAUUGGACAUGAUUUGGAAAGGCACACAGCUGUCUAUAUAAGGUCCCACAGUUGACAGUGCAUGUCAGAGGAAAUACCAAGCCAUGAGGUCAAAGGAUGGUCCGUAGAGCUCCGAGACAGGAUUGUGUUGAGGCACAGAUCUGGGGAAGGGAACAAAAACAUUUCAGCAGCAUUGAAGGUCCCCAAGAACACAGUGGCCUCCAUUAUUCUUAAAUGGAAGAAGUUUGGAACCACCAAGACUCUUCCUAGAGCUGGCUGCCCGGCCAAACUGAGCAAUCGGGGGAGAAGGGCUUUGGUCAGGGAGGUGACCAAACCUGAUGGUCUCUCUGACAGAGCGCUAGAAUUCCUCUGUGGAGAUGGGAGAACCUUCCAGAAGGACAAACAUCUCUGCAGCACUCCACCAAUCAGGCUUUUAUGGUAGAGUGGCCAAAAGGAAGCCACUCCUCAGUAAAAGGCACAUGACAGCCCGCUUGGAGUUUGCCAAAAGGCACCUAAAGACUCUCAGACCAUGAUAAACAAUAUUCUCUGGUCUGAUGAAACCAAGAUUAAACUCUUUGGCCUGAAAUGCCAAGCGUCACAUCUGGAGGAAACCUGGCACCAUCCCUACGGUGAAGCAUGGUGGUGGCAGCAUCAUGCUGUGGGGGUAUUUUUCAGCGGCAGGGACUGGGAGACUAGUCAGGAUCGAGGCAAAGAUGAAUGGAGUAAAGUACAGAGCGAUCCUUGAUGAAAACCUGCUCGAGAGUGCUCAGGACCUCAGACUGGGGCAAAGGUUCACCUUCCAACAGGACAACGACCCUAAGCACACAGCCAAGACAACGCAGGAGUGGCUUCAGGACAAGUCUCUGAAUGUCCUUGAGUGGCCCAGCCAGAGCCCGGACUUGAACCCGAUCGAACAUCUCUGGAGAGACCUGAAAAUAGCUGUGCAGCAACGCUCCCCAUCCAACCUGACAGAUCUUGAGAGGAUAUGCAGAGAAGAAUGGGAGAAACUCCCCAAAUACAGGUGUGCCAAGCUUGUAGCGUCAUACACAAGAAGACUCAAGGCUGUAAUUGCUGACAAAGGUGCUUCAACAAAGUACUGAGUAAAUGUCAUAUUUCAUUUUUUUAUGAAACAGCAAACAAUUCUAAAAACCUGUUUUUUCUUUGUCAUUAUGGGGUAUUGUGUGUAGAUUGAUGAGGGGGGAAAAAACAAUUUAAUACAUUUUAGAAUAAGGCUGUAAUGUAACAAAAUGUGGAAAGGCACUGUAUGCUGUGCCACUGCUGGGUUAUGGCAAAUAAAACAUAGGUACGGAAAAUAGCUGUGGAAUUUAACUACAUAUUGUCGAACUGAGUGGGUUAUUUUAUCUCUGAUCUGAUGAAUCCUAUGGGAGAUUGAUAGACAAUGGGGUUUUCUGAGAUGCAUUACUGUUACUCUGACACUCAAUGCUUUGUUAAACAAGUUUUGAAUGUUUACUGUCAAGUGAUUCAUCAUGGACUCAGGAUCUGUGGGAAGGAGAUAUUUCAUGCUCGUCCAUGAAAACAUCUUGUGGGAAUCCACGCUAACAGACAUUUUCUCUGGCUGUGAUCUAACCCUCUCUCCCUCCUUUAUUUCACCCUCUCUCUCCUCUAUUUCACCCUCUCUCGCUCUCUCCUCUAUUGCACCCUCUCUCUCCCCUAUUUCUCUCUCUCUCCCCUCUAUUUCACCCUCUCGCUCUCUCUCUCCCUCCUCUACUUCACCCCCUCUCUCUCCCCUAUUUCUCUCUCUCUCUCCCCUCUAUUUCACCCUCUCUCUCUCUCUCUCUCUCCCUCCUUUAUUUCACCAUCUCUCUCUCCUCUAUUUCACCAUCUCUCUCUCCUCUAUUUCACCCCCGCUCUCUCCUCUUUCUCUCUCCUCUAUUUUUCUAUAGUGUAGGCCUGCCUGCCUCUGACAAGUUCCACAUCUGUGUCUCUCUCUCUCCCCUAUUUCUCUCUCUCUCUCCCCUCUAUUUCACCCUCUCGCUCUCUCUCUCUCUCCCUCCUUUAUUUCACCAUCUCUCUCUCCUCUAUUUCACCAUCUCUCUCUCCUCUAUUUCACCCCCGCUCUCUCCUCUUUCUCUCUCCUCUAUUUUUCUAUAGUGUAGGCCUGCCUGCCUCUGACAAGUUCCACAUCUGUGUUUUGAGCCCUGGUCAAAAGUAGUGCACUAUAAUGGGAAUAGGUUGCCAUUUGGGAUGCAAACCAUUGUCCAUUACACAUCUUCAGCUCUCUCUCCCUCAGGGCUGUCCUGAUCCACAUUAAGUACAUUUCACAACAACUUUACAAGCACACAUUCCUGAACAGAAUUUUUUUUAUUCUUUAUAUACUGUAAAGUAUUAUAAUACUGAACUAGUUUUUAGGCAGAAGCCUUGCGGCAGAAGAAGACUUUGCUGUGAUGCCAGAGUUGUUUUGGCACUUCUAAUAUAUACAGUAACAGGGCUAGCAUUUGAGAAUGCCAUUCCUGUCCUUGCUUGGGUUCAAAUUGUGUCAUUCCCCUUUUCUAAAACCUCUUUCCCUCUUCAACUACCACAGUUUCACCUAAGAAAUAUUUAGCCGUCAAACAAAUACUUACUUACCCAAAUACUUACUGCUUUUGGAUAUGUACACAUUUUAUGAUAUUUUUUAGAUACCUAUUUAGAAGAUUCUUUCACUGGGAAUAAACAUAGGUUAUAGUUUCCUUUUUUGGAAUGGGGAAGGUGUUCGAAUAACUCAGACUUACUCUGAAUCUGAUCUCUCUUUUGUUCCUGCAGCAACCAUUGGUGCGUCUGCGAGGUGGGGCCAUCGUAGGGGAAGGUCGUGUGGAGGUGCUGAAGAACGGCGAGUGGGGAACAAUCUGUGAUGAUAACUGGAGCCUGCUGUCAGCCACGGUGGUGUGUCGAGAGCUGGGCUUCGGGAGUGCCAAGGAGGCCCUGUCUGGUGGUCGGCUUGGACAGGGUAGGGAUUAGAACAACAACAGUGCCAUUCACAACACUACAUGGGCAGGCCAACAUAUUGGUCAGUCUCGCAGUUGACUUGGCUGAAGAUGAAGUUGACUAUUUGAAUAUUUAAUCUAUGUAGAAGGCCUUGGAUAGAUUAACAAGACACAUAUUUCUUAUUACAGAAGUAAUCAAAAUCGGACUGACUGAGGUCAAGCAGUUUUUUCUGGUCUCUUCUUUUAGAGCAGUUGUAUGAGAAAUAUUGGGUUUGUUUCACCAUUAUCAAUCAACAGUCAAUCAAGAAACAUGGGCCUAACUGCACAAAGCCUGAGUACCAAUAUGAGAUAACCACUUGAAUUCCUGUAAUACAAAGAAAAAUGAACAUGAACAGCUCGAUUGUGUAGUGUAGAGCUACAUCUGCUCACCAAAUGUUACAAAGGGAACAUGUCCAAAAUAUCUCAUAGUCUGUAAUACUAUCCCUUCUUUGCGGAUCCUUUAAGCCCCACACUAAUUCACCUUGACUUGAACAAUAGGAACUCCCCUGGAGGACCAGACCUGGCUGGGUUAUUGAAAUGUAAUAUAUUCAUAAAGCUUCACAGAGUAGGAGUGCUGAUCUAGGAUCAGUUUGGCCUUUUAGAUCAUAAUGACUAAGAUAACAUGGAAAAGGGGGACCUGUUCCUAGAUCAGCAUUCCUACUCUGACGCUUUCUGAAUAAAGGCCCAGAGUCACAGUGAGACGAACGAUGCAAGCCCAUACUUGCUAUAUUCCAGUACUGUAACUGAAAGGCUGUAGUGGAGAGAAAUACUAUACUUAAAGAGUACAUAAUGUAUCAACUCCCUUAUCAGUUUGGAAGGCUUCGCCUUCCCCUUGAGGGACAUGGGCCCUGCCCAAAAGAGGACCUGCACCUUAUUGACCAGUUUCCCUAAUUAUGGGGUUCAUUCCUAUAAGUUCUGGUUUAUGGGUGUGACUGUAAAAUGUCCUCUCACUCAGUGUUACCUGCGGGGAUAUUGGUUACCAUGGUGUUUCUUCUUUUACUGCAGAGCCAAAUGGAGGGUUUAACCCCCCCCCCCCCGCCACGCCACGCCACCCCCCAUCCCCCUCCGUAUAUGUAUAAUUGACUCACAUCUAGUCAAAACUAGGAAUUGCACACUGCUGUUUUCCGAAUAGGUACAGCUAUUAAUCGUUUCAUCUGCAAGCUAGUCCACCCAGGCGUGAGACUGAAAAGGAGUAGUAAAUUCCAGAAUAAUGGCACAUUAUGGAACAUGGAAACAGCAGACAGUGGCUGUCUCAAAUGGCACCCUAUUACGUACAUAGUGCACUACUUUUGACCAGAGCCUGUGUGUCUGGUCAAAAGUAGUGCUCUAUAUAGGGUGCCUUUUGGGACGCAAUGAGUGGGAAUUCUGGACUGGUUGUUCCUUUUGGAAAAAUCCUCAUUUUCCCACAUGAUUUACUGUCAAGGAGAAAAUAACACUGUCCCUGUAACUAAGGCUUACAGGAAAAUAAGGCACAAAAGGACACAGAUCAGAUAGAACUUCUAUCAUGGAACACAGAAACAUAAUGUAACGAGGUUGUGAACUGACACACCGAAUCUCUGACUUAGGUUCGCUUCGGUUCCAUUUAUUCCCUAUUAACAUGCUCCAUUAUGAAUCAGACAGACAAAUGUAAAUAGACAGAAUGUAAUAAAUGUGUUGUAAAUGCAACCUAACCCUACUCUUCCCAGCUCUUACCAAUAUUCUUCCUCUGUUCGUGUUUCCCAGGUAUGGGCCCAGUUCAUAUGAAUGAGGUGAAGUGCUCUGGGUUUGAGAAGUCCAUCACAGAGUGCUUCUUCAACAAGGAGUCUUUGGGCUGUAGCCAUGAGGAAGAUGCAGCCAUCACGUGUAACGUUCCAGCCAUGGGCUUCCAGGAGAGGGUGAGGGCUCAACUUGAUAAACCAUAAACCAUCAACUAUAAACAUACCUUCUUCUUCAUCUCAAGGUCAUCCGUUGAUGAAUAAUGAUGUAGAAUCCUAUAGUAUUCCUAUUGCUAUCUGUGUGAUAGUAGCUAAAGAUCUCUCCCGUGGUGUGUCUGUCUCUGUGCAGCUGCGUCUGAGUGGGGGGCGUAACCCGUAUGAGGGGCGCGUGGAGGCGCUGGUGGAGAGGAACGGCUCCUUGGUGUGGGGCACGGUGUGCAGUGAUGGCUGGGGAACCAUGGAGGCCAUGGUGGUGUGCAGACAGCUGGGCCUGGGCUUCGCCAGUAAUGCCUUCCAGGUGAGAAACAUUUAUUUUAUUUAACCUUUAUUUAUACAGGUAAGUCAAUUAAGAACAAAUUCAUAUUUUGACGACUUGUCCAAACAUGCAACAGGUCUCUCAGCAGCAUUACAGUACAGUUACACAUUCAUAUUUAAUUAAUGGAUGGAAGAGGAGGCCUCUCUCUUACGUGUAUGGUCUACAGACAUACAGGUUGUAGCAGGCAAAACAAUGACUGCUGUUUACAGUGCGUAAAAGUUUGGGCCCUAAAGGAAAAAAGGUUUCUGUGUUUCUAUCCUAUUCUAGACUGACGUAACAGAGGUGGAAGUGGUAAUUCAGGGUUGAAGUAUCAUGGAGUGUUACAGGCAGAGGGUAGAUAAGAUUACUGUUCUUAGAAGGGUUAGUUACAGAGCUGUGUGUCAAAAUAAGAUCACACAACUACCGACCAGACACAGAAUCAAAUAAAAAUCUGCUUUGAUUAAGUGCAAAACGUUCCCGUGUUGUUCGUUAUAGUCUGGUGUAAUAAGAGGAAUCAUUGAUCCUUUAAUGAUGUUCCUUAGCGCCUUGAUGUUUUAUUGACACCUCCAACCUCACAAACUGUACUGACUGCUCUGAGCAGAGUCACAUCAGACUGGGAAGAUCUUGAAAUGUGGGUCUUCACUCUGUGAAAAGUGUUUUUUUAGUAGUUUGGUAGGUAUUCGAUUUUGGAAUUUAAAAAAUUCUGUGUACCAACAACUAUAAUCGUCAAGGAGGUAAUAUUGAUGAAUGUUGUGAGUCUAAACUUUUCCCUGGUCUUUUUGACAUCACUGCCAUUCCAAAUUAGAGCUUUCCCAAAUUAGGGCCUUCAGUCAGUGUAAAUCUAAGUGUGUUUGUGUGUGUGUGUGUCUGUAGUUGCCAGGGGUGACAAAUACAGUACCUCCUCUGGUGAUGUAGGACUGUAAACUCUUAACUGUUUGCACCUGCAAAGCAGUAAGGAGACCUUCCUGUCAGACAGAACAGUAUUUGUUGUAUCAAAUGGAUUUUACAAGACUGUUUGAUAACAGUAAUAGUGGGUUUUGAAAAUAUCUGUUAACCUUGGAAUAGUAGAAAUGAUGUUGCUUGUAGACCAGAGAUUUAUGAGUGGAAAUUGCAAUGUAGGGAUAAUGUGUUAUUGUAGGCUAUCUGGUUUACCUUGAGGCAGAGGAAUGACUACUGUCACUCCUGAAUAACAACAUAAUAAAACAGCUUAAUAUGAAUACAUUUAAAGCUGAUCUAUUUCAUAUUCUGUAGCUUGUUUAAUAUUUGUGAUGGUUACGCUACAGGGAUAUCUGAGGGCAGGGGCGUCAUGCACCCAGAAUUUAGCAUUUUUCAAACACCUGAAACAGCUUUAUCCUGCACUUUAGAGCUAUAAUCAUUAUGCUUAAUUCCAUAUGUAUAUUUUUCUGCAUAUCUAAGAAUACCUCUUGAGCUGUUUGUAUCCUCCUGACUGGUGUUUUUUUAAAUUAUUAUUAAAGAAACCAAAUAUGAUUCUAUGCCUCUGGGAAAAAGAUUGAAAGGAAUGUGAGUCUUAUUCAGAACAUUUAGUUAUUGCUUGCUUUUCUAAAGUCUACCAACCUUGUCAGCAGGCAUGGCAGCUAAGAUAGUUAGACAAGCUAGCUACUCAACUUGAUGAUAGUCUGAAAUGGCUUCUUGGUAGCUAGUUAUGAGGUAGGAGUGUCAAUAGUGACACUACUAAUAGUGACAUUACUACCCCAUUGGGAACCUACCUAUACAAGGGUUUUUCUUUAUUUGUACUAUUAUUUACAUUGUAGAAUAAUAGUGAAGACAUCAAAACUAUGAAAUAACACAUAUGGAAUCAUGUAGUAACCAAACAAGUGUUAAAUCAAUCAAAAUAUAUUUUAUAUUUGAGAUUCUUCAAAUAGCCACCCUUUGCCUUGAUGACAGCUUUGCACACUCUUGAUGACGCUUUGCACACUCAACCAGCAUCAUGAGGUAGUCACCUGGAAUACAUUUCAAUUAACAGGUGUGCCUUAUUUGUGGAAUUUCUUUAUGGAAUUUCUUUCCUUCUUAAUGCGUUUGAGCCAAUCAGUUGUGUUGUGACAAAUAAGGGGGCGUAUACAGAAGAUAGCCCUAUUUGGUAAAAGACCAAGUCCAUAUUAUGGCAAGAACAGCUCAAAUAAGGAAAGAGAAACAACAGUCCAUCAUUACUUUAAGACAUGAAGGUCAGUCAAUACUGAACAUUUCAAUAACUUUUAACAUUUCUUCAAGUGCAGUCGCAAAAGGGUAGGUAACAACACAUCUGCCACGCUAAUCCUCAACACGGGGGCCCCUCAGGGGAGCGUGCUCAGUCCCCUCCUGUACUUCCUGUUCACCCAUGACUGCAUGGCCAGGCACGACUCCAACACCAUCAUUAAGUUUGCUGACGACACAACAGUGGUAGGCCUGAUCACCGACAACGAUGAGACAGCCUAUAGGGAGGAGGUCCGAGACCUGGCCGUGUGGUGGCAGGAUAACAACCUCUCCCUCAACGUGAUCAAGACAAAGGAAUUGAUUGUGGACUACAGGAAAAAAAAGAGGACUGAGCAUGCCCCCAUUCUCAUCGACGGGGCUGUAGUGGAACAGGUUGAGAGCUUCAAGUUCCUUGGUGUCCACAUCACCAACAAACUAUCAUGGUCCAAACACACCAAAACAGUCGUGAAGAGGGCAUGACAAAGCCUAUUCCCCCUCAGGAGACUCAAAAGAUUUGGCAUGGGUCCUCAGAUCCUCAACAAGUUAUACAGCUGCACCAUCGAGAGCAUCCUGACUGCUUGCAUCACCGCCUGGUAUGGCAACUGCUCGGCCUCCGACCGCAAGGUACUACAGAGGGUAGUGCGUACGGCCCAGUACAUCACUGGUGCCAAGCUUCCUACAAUCCAGGACCUCUAUACCAGACGGUGUCAGAGGAAGGCCCUCAAAAUUGUCAAAGACUCCAGCCACCCUAGUCAUAGACUGUUCUCUCUGCUAUCGCACGGCAAGCGGUACCGGAGCGCCAAGUCUAGGUCCAAAAGGCUUCUCAACAGCUUCUACCCCCAAGCCAUAAGACUCCUGAACAGCUAAUCAUGGCUACCCGGACUAUUUGCACUGCCCCCCCACCCCCCUCUUUUACGCUGCUGCUACUCUGUCUAUUAUUUAUGCAUAGUCACUUUAACUCUACCCACAUGUACAUAUUACCUCAAUUACCUCGACUAGCCGGUGCCCCCGCACAUUGACUCUGCACCGGUACCCCCCUUUAUAUAGCCUCCCUACUGUUAUUUUAUUUUACUGCUGCUCUUUAGUUGUUUGCUUUUAUUAUUUUUUACUUAACACUUUUUUUAUUUUAAAUUCUUAAAAAAUUGCAUUGUUGGUUAAGGGCUUGUAAGUAAGCAUUUCAAUGUAAUGUCUACACCAGUUGUAUUCGGCGCAUGUUUAAAAUAAAAUUUGAUUUGAUUUGAAAAACCAUCACUAACGGGCUCUCAUCAGGACCGCCACAGGAAUGGAAGACCCAGAGUUACCUCUGCUGCAGAGGAUAAGUUAAUUAGAGUUACCAGCCUCAGAAAUUGCAGCCCAAAUAGAUGCUUCACAGAGUUCAAGUCACAGACACAUCGCAACAUCAGCUGCUCAGAGGGGACUGUGUUAAUCAGGCCUACAUGGUUGAAUUUCUGCAAAGAAACCACUACUAAAGGACACCAAUAAUAAGAAGAGACCUGCUUGGGCCAAGAAACACAAGCAAUGGACAUUAGACCGGUGGAAAUUUGUCCUUAGAUCUGGAGUACAAAUUUGAGAUUUUUGGUUCAAACCGCCGUGUCUUUGUGAGACGCGGUGUUGGUGAACAGAUGAUCUCCGCAUGUGUAGUUCCCACCGUAAAGCAUGGCGGAGGAGGUGUUAUGGUGUGGGGGUGCUUUGCUGGUGACACUGUCUGUGAUUUAUUUAGAAUUCAAGGCACACUUAACCAGCAUGGCUACCACAGCAUUCUGCUGCGAUACGCCAUCACAUCUGAUUUGGGCUUAGUGGGACUCUCAUUUGUUUUUCAACAGGACAAUGACCCAACACACCUCCAGGCUAUGUAAGGGCUAUUUGACCAAGAAGGAGAGUGAUGGAGUGCUGCAUCAGAUGACCUGGCCUCCACAAUCCCCCGACCUCAACCCAAUUGAGAUGGUUUGGGAUGAAUCGGACAGCAGAGUGAAGGAAAAACAGCCAACAAGUGCUCAGCAUAUGUGGGAACUCCUUCAAGACUGUUGGAAAAGCAUUCCAGGUGAAGCUAGUUGAGAGAAUGCCAAGAGUGUGCAAAGCUGUCAUCAAGGCAAAGGGUGGCUAUUUGAAGAAUCUCAAAUAUAAAAUAUAUUUUGAUAUGUUUAACACUUCCUUGGUUACUACAUGAUUCCAUAUGUGUUAUUUCAUAGUUGUGAUGUCUUCACUAUUAUUCUACAAUGUAGAAAAUAGUAAAACUAAAGAAAAACCCUUGAAUGAGUAGGUGUGUCCAAACUUUUGACUGGUACUGUCUAUAUACAGUGCCUUGCAAAAGUAUUCUUCCCCCUUGGCGUUUUUCGUAUUUUGUAGCAUUACAAUCUGUAAUUUAAAAGGAUUUUUAUUUGGAUUUCAUGUAAUGGACAUACACAAAAUAGUCAAAAUUGGUGAAGUGAAAUGAAAAAAAUAACUUGUUUCAAAAAAUGCUAAAAAAUAAAUAACGGAAAAGUGGUGCGUGCAUAUGUAUUCACCCCUUUGCUCUGAAUCCCCUAAAUAAGAUCUGGUGCAACCAAUUACCUUCAGAAGUCACAUAAUUAGUUAAAUAAAGUCCACUUGUGUGCAAUCUAAGUGUCACAUGAACUGUCACAUGAUCUCAGUAUAUAUACACCUGUUCUGAAAGGCCCCAGAGUCUGCAACACCACUAAGCAAGGGGCACCACCAAGCAAGCGGCACCAUGUAGACCAAUGAGCUCUCCAAACAGGUCAGGGACAAAGUUGUGGAGAAGUACAGGUCAGGGUUGGGUUCUAAAAAAAAUCUGAAACGUUGAACAUCCCAUGGAGCACCAUUAAAUCCAUUAUAAAAAAAUUGAAAGAAUAUGGCACAAACCUGCCAAGAGAGGGCCGCCCACCAAAACUCACGGAUCAGGCAAGGAGGGCAUUAAUCAGAGAGGCAACAAAGAGACCAAAGAUAACCCUGAAGGAGCUGCAAAGCUCCACAGUGGAGAUUGGAGUAUCUGUCCAUAGGACCACUUUAAGCCGUACACUCCACAGAGCUUGGCUUUAUGGAAGAGUGGCCAGAAAAAAGCCAUUGCUUAAAGAAAAAAAUAAGCAAACACGUUUGGUGUACACCAAAAGGCAUGUGGGAGACUCCCCAAACAUAUGGAAGAAGGUACACUGGUCAGAUGAGACUAAAAUUGAGCUUUUUGGCCAUCAAGGAAAACGCUAUGUCUGGCGCAAACCCAACACCUCUCAUCACCCCGAGAACACCAUCGGCAGGGAAUGGGAAACUGGUCAGAAUUGAAGGAAUGAUGGAUGGCGCUAAAUACAGGGAAAUUCUAGAGGGAAACCUGUUUCAGUCUUCCAGAGAUUUGAGACUGGAACAGAGGUUCACCUUCCAGCGGGACAAUGACCCUAAGCAUACUGCUAAAGCAACACUCGAGUGGUUUAAGGGGAAACAUUUCAAUGUCUUGGAAUGGCCUAGUCAAAGCCCAGACCUCAAUCCAAUUGAGAAUCUGUGGUAUGACUUAAAGAUUGCUGUACACCAGCGGAACCCAUCCAACUUGAAGGAGCUGGAGCAGUUUUGCCUUGAAGAAUGGGCAAAAAUCCCAGGGGCUAGAUGUGCCAAGCUUAUAGAGACAUACCCCAAGAGACUUGCAGCUGUAAUUGCUGCAAAAGGUGGCUCUAAAAGUAUUGAGUUUGGGGGGGUGAAUAGUUAUGCACGCUCAAGUUGUAUGUUUUUUUUUGUUUGUUUCACAAUAAAACAUAUUUUGCAUCUUCAAAGUGGUAGAUUUGUUGUGUAAAUCAAAUGACACAACCCCCCUAAAAAUCCAUUUUAAUUCCAGGUUGUAAGGCAACAAAAUAGGAAAAAUGCCAAGGGGGGUGAAUACUUUCGCAAGCCACUGUGUGUGUGUGUAUGUGUGUGUGUGUGUGUGUGUGUUACUGAACAAAAAUAUACACUGAAAAACUAUAUAAAUGCAACAUACAGCAAUUUCAAAUAUUUUACUGAUUUACAGUUCAUAUAAGGAAAUCUAGUCAAUUUAAAUAAAUUCAUUAGGCCCUAAUCUAUUGAUUUUACAUGACUGGGAAUACAGAUAUGCGUCUGUUGGUCACAGAUACCUUUAAAAAUAUGGGCCUCACAAUGGGCCUCAGGAUCUCAUCACAGUAUCUCUGUGCAUUAAAAUUGCCGUAGAUUAAAAUGCAAUUGUGUUCGUUGUCCGUAGCUUAUGCCUGCCCAUACCAUAACCCCACCGCCACCAUGGGGCACUCUGUUCACAACGUUGACAUCAGUAAACCGCUCACCCACAUGACGCCAUACACGUGGUCUGCGGUUGUGAAGCCGAUUAGACGUACUGCCAAAUUCUCUGAAACGACAUUGGAGGCGGUUUAUGGUAGAGAAAUGAACAUUCAAUUAUCUGGCAACAGCUCUGGUGGACAUUCCUGCAGUCAACAUGCCAAUUGCACGCUCCUUCGAAACUUGAGACAUCUGUGGCAUUGUGUUGUGUGACAAAACUGCACAUUUUAGAGUGGUCUUUUAUUGUCCCCAGCACAAGGUGCACCUGUGUAAUGACAUGCUGUUUAAUCAGCUUCUUGAUAUGCCACACCUGUCAGGUGGAUGGAUUAUCUUGGCAAAGGAGAAAUGCUCACUAACAGGGAUGUAAACAAAUUUGUGCACAAAAUUUGAGAGAAAUAAUAUUUUUGUGCGUAUGUAUAUUUUCUGUUCAGUGUAUAAGGGAUCAUAGCUUUCACCUGGAUUCACCUGGUCAAUCUAUGUCAUGGAAAGAGCAGGUGUCCUUAAUGUUUUGUACACUCAGUGUAUAUAUAAAUAAAUAAACAGUAGAAAUUAAACUGGACAAAUCUGUGCCCACGAUGGGCAUGACGCCUCUGUCUGAGGGACAAAAGCAAGUAAUAGUGACACUACUAAAUACAGCUAGAGAUAAUGAACAUGCUGCCCCAUCAAUCUACACACAAUACCCAAUAAUGACAAAGCAAAAAAAACGUUUUUUUUUGAAGAUUUUGCACAAAAAAAAAAAAAAAAACAUUUACAUAAGCAUUCAGACCCUUUACUCAUUACUUUGUUUGUUGAAGCACCUUUGGCAGUGAUUACAGCCUUGAGUCUUCUUGGGUAUGACGCUACAGGCUUGGCACACCUGUAUUUGGGGAGUUUCUCCCAUUCUUCUCUGCAGAUCCUCUCGAGCUCUGUCAGGUUGGAUGGGGAGCUUCGCUGCACAACUAUUUUCAGGUCUCUCCAGUGAUGUUCGAUCGGGUUCAAGUCCGGGCUCUGGCAGGGCCACUCAAGGACAUUCAGAGACUUGUCCCGAAGCCACUCCUGGGUUGUCUUGGCUGUGUGCUUAGGGUCGUUGUCCUGUUGGAAGGUGAACCUUUGCCCCAGUCUGAGGUCCUGAGCGCUCUCGAGCAGGUUUUCAUCAAGGAUCUCUCUGUACUUUACUCCGUUCAUCUUUGCCUGAUCUUUGCCUCCGCUGAAAAACAUCCCCACAGCAUGAUGUUCACCGUAGGGAUGGUGCCAGGUUUCUUCCAGACGUAACGCUCAGCAUUCAGGCCAAAGAGUUCAAUCUUGGUUUCAUCAGACCAGAGAAUCUUGGUCUGAGAGUCCUUUAGUUGCCUUUUGACAAACUCCAAGCGGGCUGUCAUGUGCAUUUUACUGAGGAAUGGCUUUUGUCUGGCCACUCUACCAUGAAGGCUUGACUGGUGCAGUGCUGCAGAGAUGGUUGUCCUUCUGGAAGGUUGGUUUGGUACCCUUCCCCAGAUCUGUUCCUCGACACAAUCCUGUCUCGGAGCUCUACGGACAAUUCCUUCAACCUCAUGUCUUGGUUUUUGCUCUGACAUGCACUAUCAACUGUGGGACCUUAUAUAGACAGGUGUGUGCCUUUCCAAAUCAUGUCCAAUCAAUUGAAUUUACCACAGGUGGACUCCAAUCAAGUUGUAGAAACAUCUCAAGGAUGAUCAAUGGAAACAGGAUGCACCUGAGCUUAAUUUCGAGUCUCACAGCAAAGGGUCUGAAUACUUAUGUAAAUAAGGUAUUUCUGUUUUUUAUUUUUGUAUGGCGUCAUGUGGGUAUUUCUGUUUUAAAUUUUUUAUACAUUUGCAAAAAAAAACAAAAAAACUGUUUUCACUUUCAUUAUGUGGUAUUGUGUGUAGAUUAAUGAGAAAAACAUAUAAUUUAAUUAAUUUUACAAUAAGGCUGUAACGUAUUAAAAUGUGGAAAAAGUCAAUGGGUCUGAAUACUUUUCAAAUGCACUAUAUUAUAAUAAUAAAAUAUAAUAAUAUAAUAGCAUAGCAAACACAUAACCUAUGACAAAUUCAGCAAAUGCUCUGUCUGAUAAAACCCAUCCCUGACCUCUGUCAUGUUGUGUCCCUGUCCUGUAGGAGACGUGGUACUGGCCAGGAGAGGUGAGUGCUGACCAUGUGGUGAUGAGUGGGGUGAGAUGUUCUGGCACGGAGAUGUCCUUAUCCCACUGCCUGCACCACGGAGCUCACCUCAGCUGUCCUAAAGGAGGAGGACGCAACGCUGCCGGAGUCUCCUGCUCAGAGAGUAAGGGCCUUUUUACGCUAACAAAAUAAGUGAAGUAACAUCUACCUUUCUUCAACAUCAGAUUUGCUACUUUUCUGUUUACACCAUCUUUAUAAUUAGCUUUGGAUGUGGUGUGGCCAAAACCUCAUUCAUGCUGCGUAAGAGCACUCCUAUUGCCUUUCCCUCACAGUAGUCUACCAGUUCUAGAUGCCUUGCAGCUUUCCCUCAUAAUAGCCUACCAGUCCUAGAUGCCAUGCAGCUUUCCCUAACAGUAGUCUACCAGUACAAGAUGCCAUGCAGCUCUCCCUCACAGUAGUCUACCAGUUCUAGAUGCCAUGCAGCUUUCCCUCACAGUAGUCUACCAGUUCUAGAUGCCUUGCAGCUUUCCCUCAUAAUAGCCUACCAGUCCUAGAUGCCAUGCAGCUUUCCCUAACAGUAGUCUACCAGUACUAGAUGCCAUGCAGCUUUCCCUCACAGUAGUCUACCAGUACUAGAUGCCAUGCAGCGUUCCCUAACAGUAGUCUACCAGUUCUAGAUGCCUUGCAGCUUUCCCUCAUAAGUCCACCAGUCCUAGAUGCCAUGCAGCUUUCCCUAACAGUAGUCUACUAGUCCUAGAUGCCAUGCAGCUUUCCCUCACAGUAGUCUACCAGUCCUAGAUGCCAUGCAGCUUUCCCUAACAGUAGUCUACCAGUUCUAGAUGCCUUGCACCUUUCCCUAACAGUAGUCUACCAGUUCUAGAUGCCUUGCAGCUUUCCCUCAUAAAUCUACCAGUCGAAGACGCCAUGCAGCUUUCCCUAACAGUAGUCUACCAGUUCUAGAUGCCAUGCAGCUUUCCCUCACAGUAGUCUACCAGUACUAGAUGCCAUGCAGCUUUCCCUAACAGUAGUCUACCAGUUCAGGAUGCCAUGCAGCUUUCCCUCACAGUAGUCUACCAGUCCUAGAUGCCAUGCAGCUUUCCCUAACAGUAGUCUACCAGUUCUAGAUGCCUUGCAGCUUUCCCUCAUAAGUCUACCAGUCCUAGAUGCCAUGCAGCUUUCUCUAACAGUAGUCUACCAGUUCUAGAUGCCAUGCAGCUUUCUCUAACAGUAGUCUACCAGUUCUAGAUGCCAUGCAGCUUUCCCUAACAGUAGUCUACCAGUUCUAGAUGCCUUGCAGCUUUCCCUCAUAAGUCUACCAGUCCUAGAUGCCAUGCAGCUUUCCCUAACAGUAGUCUACCAGUCCUAGAUGCCUUGCAGCUUUCCCUCACAGUAGUCUACCAGUUCUAGAUGCCAUGCAGCUUUCCCUAACAGUAGUCUACCUGUUCUAGAUGCCAUGCAGCUUUCCCUCACAGUAGUCUACCAGUUCUAAAUGCCAUGCAGCUUUCCCUAACAGUAGUCUACCAGUUCUAGAUGCCUUGCAGCUUUCCCUCAUAAGUCUACCAGUCCUAGAUGCCAUGCAUCUUUCCCUAACAGUAGUCUACCAGUCCUAGAUGCCUUGCAGCUUUCCCUCACAGUAGUCUACCAGUUCUAGAUGCCAUGCAGCUUUCCCUAACAGUAGUCUACUUGUUCUAGAUGCCAUGCAGCUUUCCCUCACAGUAGUCUACCAGUUCUAGAUGCCAUGCAGCUUUCCCUAACAGUAGUCUACCAGUUCUAGAUGCCUUGAAGCUUUCCCUCAUAAUAGUCUACCAGCUCUAGAUGACUUGCAGCUUUCCCUAACAGUAGUCUACCAGUACUAGAUGCCAUGCAGCUUUCCCUAACAGCAGUCUACCAGUCCUAGAUGCCAUGCAACAUGCUCUGACAUGCACUGUCAACUGUGGGACCUUAUAUAGACAGGUGUGUGCCUUUCCAAAUCAUGUCCAAUCAAUUGAAUUUACCACAGGUGGACUCCAAUCAAGUUGUAGAAACAUCUCAAGGAUGAUCAAUGGAAACAGCAGCUUUCCCUAACAGUAGUCUACCAGUUCUAGAUGCCUUGCAGCUUUCCCUCAUAAGUCUACCUGUCCUAGAUGCCAUGCAGCUUUCCCUAACAGUAGUCUACCUGUUCUAGAUGCCAUGCAGCUUUCCCUCACAGUAGUCUACCAGUUCUAGAUGCCUUGCAGCUUUCCCUAACAGUAGUCUACCAGUACUAGAUGCCAUGCAGCUUUCCCUAAUAGCAGUGUACCAGUCCUAGAUGCCAUGCAACUUUCCCUAACGGUAGUCUACCAGUUCUAGAUACCAUGCAGCUUUCCCUAACAGUAGUCUACCAGUACUAGAUGCCAUGCAGCUUUCCCUAACAGUAGUCUACCAGUACUAGAUACCAUGCAGCUUUCCCUCAUAAUAGUCUACCAGUACUAGAUGCCAUGCAGCUUUCCCUCACAGUAGUCUACCAGUUCUAGAUGCCAUGCAGCUUUCCCUCACAGUAGUCUACCAGUACUAGAUGCCAUGCAGCUUUCCCUAAAAAAGUCUACCAGUCUUAGAUGCCAUGCAUCUUUCCCUAACAGUAGUCUACCAGUACUAGAUGCCUUGCAUUGAUUGCUGAUAAUAAUGGUUGAACACCAAAACAUGUAUUUGUCUGUCCUGGCCUCUUAUAACAUAAUAACUAUUAUAAGCAUCCUUCAAUCUCAUUCUUGAGUGCAGACCUGUAACAUUGUAAUGAUGAAGUAUGCUCACAUUUUUAACCACUCUCUCUUUCCCUCUUCCCUCAUUGCUUUCUCCCUCAGCGGCCCCUGACCUGGUCCUGAACCCCCAGGUAGUGGAGCAGACCACCUAUAUGGAAGACAGGCCCAUGUUCAUGCUGCAGUGUGCUUAUGAAGAGAACUGCCUAUCCACCACCUCCAGCAAGACCCCUGCCAACUCCUACCGCCGCCUACUGCGCUUCUCCUCCCAGAUCCACAACAAUGGACAGUCAGACUUCAGACCCAAGGCUGGACGCCACUCCUGGGUGUGGCAUGACUGCCAUAGGCAAGUAGCUCCAUGACUCUUCUUGUUUGUUUGUGAAAUUGAAAGAUAUGCCUUGUUUAUUCUUUGUUUAAUAUGGUGAUAGACACUCAGUGGCCAUGGACUCAUGCUGCUUACACCAAAUUCUGACUCAACAGGAACCGCGAUUCGUCAGACCAGGCAAUGUUUUUCCACUCACCAAUUGUCAAGUGUUGGUGAUCACUUGCCAACUGGAGACGCUUCUUGUUUUUAGCCGGUGUGGUCAUCUGCUUUAAUAGCCCAUCCGUGACAAGCAUCGACAGGUUGUGCGUUCCGAGAUGCCGUUCUGCACACCACUGUUGUACUGCGCUGUUAUUUGUCUGUUUGCGGCCCACCUGUUAGCUUGCACGAUUGUUGCCAUUCUCCCUCGACCUCUCUCAUGCAACGAGCUGUUUUCGCCCACAGGACUGCCGCUGACUGGAUGUUUUUUGUUUGUUGCACCAUUCGCGGUAAACCCUAGACACUGUCGUGCAUGAAAAGCCUAGGAGGGCGGCCGUUUCUGAGAUACUGGAUCUGGCGCGCCUGGCACCGAUGAUCAUACCACUCUCAAAGUCACUUAGGUCACUCGUUUUGCCCGUUCAAUCAAACAGUAACAGAAUGCCUGUCUGCCUGCUUUAUAAAUUAAGCCACGGCCACAUGACUCACUGUCUGUAAGAGCGAUCCAUUUUCGUGAACGGGGUGGUGAACCUAAUAAACUGGCCACUGAGUGUAUUUUACCUCAUAGUUGUGUGGGUCACCAGGACUACCUAUUUUAGCGCUGUUAUGAAGUAACAAUCAGAAGACGCGCAUGGUCCGUUGGUUUUUUAUAAGAGACAGACAUUAAGGGAACGUUAUACUGAACUCCCUAGAUAACUCGGUUCUUGAGCCAUUUUCCAUUUCUAUACGUUCUCUGCCCUGUAAUUGACCACGGACUGAAACGUCUCAGAUGCUUUCUGUCAAGGCAUUGGGUGAACUGUGCAAUGUUGGCAGCUUCACACAGUCACCAGCUCUACACAAAUAAAACCCUCAGUGCCUGUGGGAUUAUGCAUAUAAUCUGAAUCGCUAAACAUAUACAAUUUUGAAAGCAAAUGUUUAUUUUGGGUUUCUUUGUGUCUGCCUUGGUGCCAUGUGUUUCAACAGUCUCUCUAGCUCUUGUAUAAAAACAUAUCUGCUUCAGAGAGUAAAUAAUAGACUCUACAGUAGAUGGCAGGUCUAUUUAUAAAUGAAGUGUCUCUCUUUCUCUCUGUGCCCAGGCACUACCACAGCAUGGAGGUAUUCACCCACUAUGACCUGCUCAGCCUCAAUGGCACCAAGGUGGCAGAGGGACACAAGGCCAGCUUCUGUCUGGAAGACACUGACUGUGAAGAGGGUAAGAGCCUAGAGAAACAAAGGCUGUGUCCCAAAUGGCACCCUAUCCCUUACAUAGUGCACUACUUUUGACCAGAGCCCCAUAAGACCCUGGUCAAAAGUAGUCCACUAUAUAAUGAAUAGGGUGCCAUUUGGGACACAGACAGACUAGCUACGUAUAUUAUAUUGUCUACCUAGUGUUCCUCACUCCUUGCAGAAUGUAAUACAGCCUGAUCAAUAGCCCAACUUGCUCUUUCACUCACAAAAAACUGCAUGCCAAUGCAUGUACUCACAUGAUUGUCUUUGAUUUAUGGUCAUCUUGACAGGUAUUGAGAAAAGAUACGAGUGUGCCAACUUUGGAGAGCAAGGCAUCACUGUUGGCUGCUGGGAUAUAUACAGGCAUGAUAUUGACUGCCAGUGGAUUGACAUCACAGACAUCAAGCCCGGAGAUUACAUAUUCCAGGUAAGUUACUUUUCUGGUUACGUAAGGUCUUUCCAGUGAAGGUGUGCAUCCCAAAUGGCACCCUAUUCCCUAUAUAUCCCAGGGCCUAUAAGGCUCUGGUCAAAAGUAGUGCCAUUAGGGAUGCAACCAAGGUCAUUCCUCUACACUAUUAUCCAAUGUUAUCGAUUGAGGUAUGAUGAAGUGAAUGAAUGAAUGAAAUUAUUGGACAAAUGUCAAAUACAUAUAGAGUUUUCUCAUUCAACUGAGCAAAAAAUACAACCCUAACCCUAACUAUGAUUAUCAAUGUUAAUUUUCAUUCUUUGUGUUGGAUAAUGAUUCACAGCAUUUUGCUCUCUCCAACAGGUUGUUAUUAACCCUAACUAUGAGGUGCCUGAGUCGGACUACUCCAACAACUUCAUGAAGUGCAGAUGUAGAUACGACGGCCACCGUAUAUGGAUGUACAGCUGUCAUAAUGGUAAGACAAUGGUGUGCCAACAAUUUGUGUGACUGUUUUACCUCAGAAAUUCUGUGUUACUGCAUUGUUCCGCAACCCUACUUGACUUAAAGGACAUUUUUUUUAUUUUUUUUUAUUUUUUAUUUCACCUUUAUUUAACCAGGUAAACCAGUUGAGAACAAGUUCUCAUUUACAACUGCGACCUGGCCAAGAUAAAGCAAAGCAGUGCGAUAAAAAAACAACAACACAGAGUUACAUAUGGGGUAAAACAAAACAAAGUCAAAAAUACAACAGAAAUACAUAUAUAUACAGUGUGUGCAAAUUUAGCAAGUUAUGGAGGUAAGGCAAUAAAAUAGGCUAUAGUGCAAAAUAAUUACAAUUUAGUAUUAACACUGGAAUGAUGUGCAAGAGAUGAUGUGCAAAUAGAGAUACUGGGGUACAAAUGAGCAAAAUAAAUAACAAUAUAGGGAUGAGGUAGUUGGGCGGGCUAAUUUCAGAUGGGCUGUGUACAGGUGCAGUGAUCGGUAAGGUGCUCUGACAACUGAUGCUUAAAGUUAGUGAGGGAGAUAAGUGUCUCCAGCUUCAGAGAUUUUUGCAAUUUGUUCCAGUCAUUGGCAGCAGAGAACUGGAAGGAAUUGCGGCCAAAGGAGGUGUUGGCUUUGGGGAUGACCAGUGAGAUAUACCCGCUGGAGCGCAGACUACGGGUGGGUGUUGCUAUGGUGACCAAUGAGCUAAGAUAAGGCGGGGAUUUGCCUAGCAGUGAUUUAUAGAUGGCCUGGAGCCAGUGGGUUUGGCGACGAAUAUGUAGUGAGGACCAGCCAACAAGAGCGUACAGGUCACAGUGGUGGGUAUUAUAUGGGGCUUUGGAGACAAAACGGAUGGCACUGUGAUAGACAACAUCCAAUUUGCUGAGUAGAGUGUUGGAGGCUAUUUUGUAAAUGACAUCGCCGAAGUCAAGGAUCGGUAGGAUAGUCAGUUUUACGAGGGCAUGUUUGGCAGCAUGAGUGAAGGAGGCUUUGUUGCGAAAUAGGAAACCGAUUCUAGAUUUAACUUUGGAUUGGAGAUUCUUAAUGUGAGUCUGGAAGGAGAGUUUACAGUCUAACCAGACACCUAGAUAUUUGUAGUUGUCCACAUACUCUAGGUCAGACCCGUCUAGAGUAGUGAUUCUAGUCGGGUGGGCGGGUGCAAGCAGCGUUCGGUUGAAGAGCAUGCAUUUAGUUUUACUAGUGUUUAAGAGCAGUUGGAGGCUACUGAAGGAGUGUUGUAUGGAAUUGAAGCUCGUUUGGAGGUUUGUUAACACAGUGUCCAAUGAAGGGCCAGAUGUAUACAAAAUGGUGUCGUCUGCGUAGAGGUGGAUCUGAGAGUCACCAGCAGCAAGAGCGACGUCAUUGAUAUACACAGAGAAAAGAGUUGGCCCAAGAAUUGAACCCUGUGGCACCCCCAUAGAGACUGCCAUAGGUCCAGACAACAGGCCCUCCGAUUUGACACAUUGAACUCUAUCUGAGAAGUAGUUGGUGAACCAGGCGAGGCAGUCAUUUGAGAAACCAAGGCUAUUUAGUCUGCCAAUAAGAAUGCGGUGGUUGACAGAGUCGAAAGCCUUGGCCAGGUCAAUGAAAACGGCUGCACAGUACUGUCUAUUAUCGAUCGCGGUUAUAAUAUCGUUUAGGACCUUGAGCGUGGCUGAAGUGCACCCAUGACCAGCUCGGAAACCGGAUUGCAUAGCGGAGAAGGUACGGUGGGAUUCGAAAUGGUCGGUGAUCUGUUUGUUGACUUGGCUUUCAAAAACUUUUGAAAGGCAGGGCAGGAUGGAUAUGGGUCUGUAACAGUUUGGAUCUAGAGUGUCACCCCCUUUGAAGAGGGGGAUGACCGCGGCAGCUUUCCAAUCUCUGGGGAUCUCAGACGUUACGAAAGAGAGGUUGAACAGGCUAGUAAUAGGGGUUGCGACAAUUUCGGCGGCUAGUUUUAGAAAGAAAGGGUCCAGAUUGUCUAGCCCAGAUGAUUUGUAGGGGUCCAGAUUUUGCAGCUCUUUUAGAACAUCAGCUGUCUGGAUUUGUGUGAAGGAGAAGCGGGGGGGGGCAUGGGUAAGUUGCAGCGGAGGGUGCAGAGCUGGUGGCCGGGGUAGUGGUAGCCAGGUGGAAAGCAUGGCCAGCCGUAGCAAAAUGCUUGUUGAAAUUCUCGAUUAUUGUAGAUUUAUCGGUGGUGAUAGUGUUUCCUAGCCUCAGUGCAGUGGGCAGCUGGGAGGAAGUGCUCUUAUUUUCCAUGGACUUUACAGUGUCCCAAAACUUUUUGGAGUUAGUGCUACAGGAUGCAAAUUUCUGUUUGAAAAAGUUAGCCUUUGCUUUCCUAACUGCUUGUGUAUAUCGGUUCCUAACUUCCCUGAAAAGUUGCAUAUCGCGGGGGCUAUUUGAUGCUAAUGCAGUACGCCACAGGAUGUUUUUGUGCUGGUCAAGGGCAGUCAAGUCUGAGGAGAACCAGGGGCUAUAUCUGUUCUUAGUUCUGUAUUUCUUGAAUGGGGCAUGUCUAUUUAAGAUUGAGAGGAAAUUACUUUUAAAGAACAACCAGGCAUCCUCUACUGACGGAAUGAGAUCUAUAUCCAUCCAGGAUACCUGGGCCAGGUCAAUUAGGAAGGCCUGCUCGCUGAAGUGUUUUUGGGAGCGUUUGACAGUGAUGAGGGGUGGUCGUUUGACAGCGGACCCGUUACGGACGCAGGCAAUAAGGCAGUGAUCGCUGAGAUCCUGGUUGAAGACAGCGGAGGUGUAUUUAGAGGGUAAGUUAGUCAGGAUGAUAUCUAUGAGGGUACCCAUGUUUACGGAUUUAGGGUUGUACCUGGUAGGUUCGUUGAUAAUUUGUGUGAGAUUGAGGGCAUCUAGUUUAGAUUGUAGGAUGGCCGGGGUGUUAAGCAUAUCCCAAUUUAGGUCACCAAGCAGUACGAAUUCUGAGGAUAGAUGGGGGGCGAUCAAUUCACAUAUGGUGUCCAGGGCACAGCUGGGGGCUGAGGGGGGUCUGUAGCAAGCGGCAACAGUGAGAGAUUUAUUUCUGGAAAGGUGGAUUUUUAGAAGUAGAAGCUCAAACUGUUUGGGCACAGACCUGGAUAGUAUGAUGGAGCUCUGCAGGCUAUCUCUACAGUAGAUUGCAACUCCACCCCCUUUGGCAGUUCUAUCUAGACGGAAAAUGUUAUAGUUGGGGAUGGAAAUUUCAGAAUUUUUGGUGGCCUUCCUAAGCCAGGAUUCAGACACUGCUAGAACAUCAGGGUUGGCGGAGUGUGCUAACGCAGUGAAUAACUCAAACUUAGGAAGGAGGCUUCUGAUAUUUAUGUGCAGAAAACCAAGACUUUUACGGUUACAGAAGUCAACAAAUGAUAGCUCCUGGGGAGUAGGAGUGAUACUGGGGGCUGCAGGGCCUGGGUUAGCCUCUACAUCACCAGAGGAACAGAGGAGGACUAGAAUAAGGAUACGACUAAAGGCUUUAAGAACUGGUCUUCUAGUGCGUUGGGUACAUAGAAUAAAGGGGGCAGUUCUCCGGGCGUUGUAGAAAAGAUUCAGGGCAUUAUGUACAGAAAAGGAUAUGGAAGGAUAUGAGUACAGUUCAGGUAACCCUAAGCGUUGGGUAACGCUUAGGGUUCACUCAUAAAUGAAAGUCAGAUGUUUUCAGACCUCAAAAGUAGACUAAUGUCAAGAUGUAUAGAUCCAACUAUAUGCCAUUAGUUGCUGGAUGUUAAAGGGCAACUCCGCCACCUUUCUACUUCAUAUUCAUUAUCUCCAGCACCAAACCAGUGUCUAAAUAUGUGAAAACGGUUUUGUAGAAAAAAAGUUAUACCAGAUGACAUCAUCAAAAGUUACAACAUUUUAGUGAUUUUCAAACACUAUGAGAUUCGCGUGACGUGGGGAGCAAGGAAAUAACCUCCCUCUGGCUAGAAACUUGUUGCAGGUUUUGAAAAUCACAGCUUUUCUUACUUUUAAUCCUACCCUGUUAUGAAGCAUUUUCUAUUACCUAUCUUAUCAUUUUACCACAGAUCAUAGAAAUACGCCCUUUUCACAUAUGUAGACACUGGUUUGGUGCUGGAGAUAAUUAAUAUGAGGUUGAAAAGUGUCGGAGUUGCCCUUUAACAACUAAUGUCUUGGGACUUGGUUUCAUCUCGACAUUACACUACUUUAGUAGUCUAAAAAACGUCUGACAAACGUUGAUUUGAAAGUGUAACUUUGAAAGUGUAAUGAGAAAUGUUGAACUGAAAGUGUAAAGCGUUGAGUCAUUUUUAAAUGUUGAAUUGUAACAAUGUGUGACCAUUUGUCCCUUUCCUGUGUCCAGGUGGUUCGUUAAGCAGUGAGAGUGAGGAGUCCUUCCCUGGGCUACUGAACAACCAGGUGACCCACAGGUAA